UUUUUUUUAAAAAAAAAAGUAUGUCUACAGUCACAUUAUCUUCUACGACGACCACAUCAACAGCAGCAGCAGCAGCAACAGCAGCAGCAACACCACCACCACCAUCAUCAGCAGGCUAUUCCAGCAUAAGCUUAUUUAAUGAUAAACCAGAGGGAGCGUCUCCACCGCCUACACCGUCGAGUCAAAAUAUCAGUCUACCACCUACACCCACAGUGAGUGACGAUGAAGCUGAGGACGGAGAACAAGAAAAAGAAAAAGACACGGAGCGGCAACAGUCGAUUCUUUUGCCUAUUUCUGGUACAAAAAUGGCACAAGAGAUCAUACAGAAAAACAUAAAGUUACAGAGAAGAGGUACUGUCUCAUUAGCUGAUUUGAUUCCCAUGGCUUCAGCAGCACUCAGGGCGAAACAAUGCCUCUUGGACGAUUCACAGCAGCAGCAAAGUUCCACUUUAGCACGCGCUUUGACCAAGGUCAAACUUGGGCUACAAUCGCACCGUUUAAAAGAAAAAUAUCUGAUGAAUGAAUGGAAAAGAUUGGCUUUUGGUCUACCGGUGGAUGAAUCGACCAUCAACGAUACCUGCAAUCAUUAUUUAAUCAGUGCCUAUAGUAAAUACAGUCCUCUUUAUAAUACCACGACGACGACGACGAAUCAUCCUCCUAGUAGUUCUCAUAAUAACCAUAGGGAUAGUCAAAUUCAGAACCCUACAAUGGAUCGUACAAAAGAAAUCGUGACGUGGUAUGAACAUCUUUUUAAGCGAACAACUCUAUCCGUCCAAGAAAUCGAGGAACGUGUCGACCGUCUCAGGCAACAGAAAUUACUUUUGCACCAGCAACAACAGCAGCAGCAGCAACAACAACAAGAAGAAGACGAAACCAUGAUUAGUGCUUGUAGUAAUGGUGCAACCAUACCGAUGGGAAAUAGUAAUGGAACGACGAGUAGGCAUCGUGGUGACCAUGAUCAACACUCUUCUCAUCCUCUCUUAUUGGACACUGAAUUUCCCUAAGUACUAAAACCACUACGGGCGAGUGCUAGUAGUAGUAGAUGACUCUACAUACUACUAUCACUACUGCUUUAUGAUACCUCACGAGGGCGACGGCCCUCCUUUCUUACAAGACGAAAAGGGCUCUGCUCAUGUUUCUAGAUACACCCAUGUACACCUCUUUUUCACGCAGAACGAAACCGCAUGAUUUAUAGCCCUAUCCAUCUCUUUUUUUUCUUUUACGCUUUUAAUUUAUUUACCCCUUACAUCGUAAUAUCCUUUUUUUUUUUUUUCAUCUAUUGUAAAU